UUCUCUAUUUAUUUAAAAGGUGAUAAAUUUGGAUAGAAUCUCUAUAAAGACUCUUUCCCACUGAUUAUUAUUACACAUCCCACAUAGCGUCUUUUUUCUUCACUCUCUUUCUCAACCACCAAGAAUUAAUGGAGUUGGGCUUGAGCUUAGGAGACGCAUCACCAGCCGUUGGAUCCUUGAAAGUGAUCAAAUCGACGGGUCAGGAUAAAAAGCCGGCCAAGAUGGUCGGUCUGGAUUUCUGCAUGGGCCUGGGCCUGGGCCUCAGCUCGGCUGCUACUGAAGAUCAAAAGCCCAACGGAAAGGCUCGAGAAAUCAACGGUGAUGAUGAUAAUGAUGAAGAUAACGAUGAGGCAUCACAAGGGGGUGAAGAGAGUGAUGGUAAUAAUCAGAGGGAAAAUCCCGUGGUCCAGCUAAAUCUGCUCCCUCUUGUUCCCGUUAAUCCUUGCCGUCAGAUUUCGUCUCAUCUUAUUCAGUCCUUGCCUUGGUCUUCUGAUAAUGGGAGCUCGGAAAAUGAGUCGUCGGGGAACAUAGGCAUUUGCAAAGGUCCGGAGGAGGUAUCAUCGGCGAACAGCGUAGAUCUGCAGCUGCUCAAGAGAUCGCCUGAGGUGGAGAGGGCGAGUGACGACGAAGAAGAGAGUGGGCCCCACGCGCGGAAAAAGCUGCGGCUCUCCAAACAGCAGUCGGCCUUCCUCGAGGAAACCUUCAAAGAGCACAACAAUCUCAAUCCCAAACAGAAACUGGCGCUUGCAAAACAACUUAAUCUCAGAACCCGACAGGUUGAGGUCUGGUUUCAGAACAGAAGGGCCAGGACGAAGCUUAAGCAAACAGAGGUGGAGUGCGAGUACUUGAAGAGAUGCUGCGAGACCCUAACAGAGGAAAACCGAAGGCUUCAGAAAGAGGUCCAACAAGUCAGAGCCCUCAAAACCUCAAACCAAUUCCAUGCUCAGCUGCCGGCCACCACUCUCACCAUGUGCCCUUCCUGCCAACGGGUCACCAAGCCCACCGAUAAGAAUUCGAUCCAAUUUAGGCCCAAAUUCUACCCAUUCUCCUCAAACCACACUCAUCAUCCUAACAAUAAUCAGCCUGCUACCUCAUAAAUUUAUUAAUAUUGCUGUGAUUGAUUGAAAAACAAAAGGUAGAUAAUUUGUUUCGGUUGAUUUUUUUUUUUCUUUUUGUGUAUCUCAGUUAGUUUAGGUUGAGCAAAUUUUUGGAGCUCGUUGUAUUGUAUGAUAGUGUUGAUUUUGGUGGGACAAUUGCAAUCAGUAGUAGAGAGGAAAUGGAUUGGCAUGCAAACAUUUCUACCAUUAUUUAAUUUGAUUUGAUGACG